AUUAAUUUUGAUAUUUCACAUAGCUGAUAAUAAUUUAUCCUAAUAAUUUUCUUGAUAAACCCUAGCACUCUUUCGUCACUGGCCCAAAUCUGAGAUCCAAGCAUGGAUUUUCUUCGAAGUUACAAAGACGACGACGAAUUCGACGAACAUGAAGCCCAAAACCCUAAUUCCUCACCGGAUUCAUCUCCUCCGCGCCUCCUUCCAUCCAAAUCCGCCGCCCCAAAAGUCGACGAUACGAUGCUAGCCCUAACGGUGGCGCAGGCCAACCAGACCCUCUCUAAGCCCAUUGAUCCCGUGCACCACGCCGUCGCAUUUAACCCUACCUACGACCAGCUCUGGGCUCCAAUCUACGGUCCUGCACAUCCCUACGCCAAGGACGGUAUCGCUCAGGGCAUGCGCAACCACAAGCUAGGCUUCGUUGAAGACGCCGCCAUCGACUCGUUCGUUUUCGAUGAGCAAUACAACACCUUCUACAAGUAUGGUUACGCCGCCGACCCUUCGGCUUCCGAAGGUAACAACUAUGUUGGCGAUUUGGAUGCUUUACAGAAAAAUAAUGGCAUAUCGGUUUAUAAUAUACCGCAGCAUGAGCAAAAGAGGCAAAAAAUUGAGAAGAAGAAGGAAACCGAGGAGGAUGAGGGUGGGAAUGUGGAUACGGAUGUAGAUAAGGCAGAGAUUGAUAAUCCGGCGACCGAUGCCUGGUUGAUGAAGAAUAAAAAGAGCCCAUGGGCAGGCAAGAAGGAGGGUUUGCAAACGGAAUUGACAGAAGAGCAGAAGAAAUACGCAGAGGAGUACGCUAAGAAGAAAGAAGAGAAAGGAGCUGGAGGUGAAAAAGGAGAGGUUGUUGCUGAUAAGAGCACUUUUCACGGCAAGGAAGAGAGGGAUUAUCAAGGAAGAUCCUGGAUUGCGGCCCCCAAGGAUGCUAAAGCGACUAAUGAUCAUUGUUAUAUACCAAAGAGACUUGUGCAUACAUGGAGUGGGCAUACAAAGGGAGUUUCUGCAAUAAGGUUUUUCCCCAAAUACGGCCAUUUGAUUCUUUCUGCAGGGAUGGAUACCAAGGUGAAGAUAUGGGAUGUGUUCAAUUCGGGCAAGUGUAUGAGAACUUACAUGGGUCAUUCAAAGGCUGUUAGGGAUAUUUCGUUUUGUAAUGAUGGAACUAAGUUUUUGACUGCUGGAUAUGAUAAGAAUAUUAAGUACUGGGAUACAGAGACUGGACAGGUUAUCUCGACUUUUUCAACGGGGAAGAUCCCUUAUGUUGUUAAGCUCAACCCUGAUGAUGAUAAGCAGAAUAUACUGUUGGCGGGUAUGAGUGACAAGAAAAUUGUGCAGUGGGAUAUAAAUACAGGGCAGAUCACUCAGGAGUACGAUCAACAUUUGGGGGCAGUAAAUACCAUUACUUUUGUGGACAAUAAUAGAAGAUUUGUUACCUCAAGUGAUGAUAAAUCACUUCGUGUAUGGGAAUUUGGGAUUCCUGUUGUUAUUAAGUAUAUAAGUGAACCGCACAUGCAUUCUAUGCCAUCAAUUGCUGUUCAUCCCAACACAAACUGGUUUGCAGCACAGAGUUUGGAUAACCAGAUUCUUAUCUACAGUACCAGGGAAAGGUUUCAAUUGAAUAAGAAAAAGAGGUUUGCCGGGCAUAUUGUGGCAGGUUAUGCUUGCCAAGUCAAUUUCUCACCAGAUGGACGAUUCGUUAUGUCAGGAGAUGGUGAGGGUAAGUGCUGGUUUUGGGACUGGAAGAGUUGCAAAGUUUUCAGGACUCUUAAGUGUCAUGAGGGAGUGAGCAUUGGUUGUGAGUGGCAUCCACUGGAGCAAAGUAAAGUUGCAACUUGCGGUUGGGAUGGCUUGAUUAAGUACUGGGACUAAUUUCUUUUUCCGUGGCUGGAUGCCAACAUCAGUCGAUGAGCCCAGUUCAGCCAUCCUGCCAGAGGAAAGGCUGUACAUAUUCUGCCAGAGAGAGGGCGACAUGUACCAUGCUACACAGAGACUGGAGGCAAAACUGUAUUCUUCUCCACUGAAAUUUAGUGUCCCAGUUGAUGAGGAUUGAGGAAAAUAGAUAAGAUGUAGAUUAUCACUUCACAUCAAUACUGAACUAGAGAUGUAAUUUUAUUAAUGUUUUUUUCUACCUGAGGUUUUGUGCCUGCCUUAUUUUC